AUGGGCCCUCCCAAUCUCCCGCCUUUUCGGCUCGACUGUAUGGGCGACUUUGGCGACGACGACCAGCGCCCAGUUAAGCGCAUCAGGCUUGAUCAAGUCAACGUUGGCCAGUAUGGCGCCCCUCCUGAAGGCCACGAACAUGAGUUUCCCGAGGGUUGGAGUGCAUCGCAAUCCUUCUAUUCAGAUUGGAUAUUUCCUUCCGCUACUAGCCCUUUGCCAAUGUCUAUCUUUGGGUCGGGAGCGGGAAUGGGGCUCAACUCCAGUGCGCCUAUUAACUCUCCCAUGACUGCACACAUGAUAUCUCCUGUUGAUGGCUCCAUGGCCCAGGUCCCUCGGGACAUGCAUUUCCAUACCGCGCCAAAUCUAACUGGCAUUUCUGCCACAUUUCCUGCGUCCCAGCAACAUGCCAUUGAUACCAAUGAGGCCCCGCAACUCCUCCCGUUCCAAUUUGGACUUAAUAUUGCGAUGGAUGCUAUAGGCAGACAGCUAUUCGCUUUUUACAUACAUAACUGGUGUCCUGGGCGAACUGUGUUAACUAAGACUAAUGUAUGGUUAACUGGCUUCGCUAGCAUACAAUAUAGUCCCGGUGUUCUAGCAGCUAUACAGUCCCUCGCUGGUAUAUAUAUUUAUGACUAUCUGCCAAGCAACAGUCUACAGCGUCAAGUCAAUAAAAAGUUUGCUAUCGCCGAAGCCCGGCUCAGCGAGCUACUCCAGGAUACACGCAGUCUGGACGACAACGAGUCAAGCGAGCUGGUCAUGCUGGCGUUAUUACUUUCUAUGCAAGAUGUGGUUCUCACGGAACGGAGGCUCCAAAAGCCCUACCACCCUCGCUGGUUAGUAGGAUUUACACAGGCAGAGCAUGUGUUACAGUUCACAGAUCCAGGCUCUCGCUUUUAUAAAGAGCAGAAUGUCCAGGUCUCUUCCCUACGCCUAUCGCAAUCAGUUAUUGUUGGUAGAGCUGUCAUUUUAGCACAGCUAAUGAUGCCUCUCCCGCCUAUUGACACUUUUGAUCCUAUUGCUGAAACUAAAUGUUUCGGAUUUCUCUUAUAUGGAUCUGAAGCUGAUAUGUACGAAAUUCACGGUGGAUGUGGUUUCUCGAAACGCGUUCUACACAUCUUUAGCCAGGUAGCCUACUGCUCACUUCGCAUACUACAAGACGCUGAAACGCCUAUUGUGCCUAUAACUGCGCAGAUGCUCUACGAACAGCUUUUACAGUUGCAUCAAUGGAGUGGAGAGUAUGAUAGCUGGGAGGCUGCUAAAAGUAGACCUCAACCGAUUGAAUGGAUUCGUCAGACGGACGAGAACUACGUUAUUCAAGAAGCGAAAGAGAUGACCGAGGUGACAGCAGAGGCGUGGAGAAUAGCUGGAAUAGUCUAUUUACAGUGCCGACUAUUCAGACUCCCAAGAAACCACUAUAUGGUGGUUAACAAUAUAGCCGACUUGGCUAAGUGUAUUUCUAUUACGCCAGCGUCAGGCCCUAUAUUCACGGCUCAAGCUCCGUUGCUACCGGCCUUCUUCCUCGGGCUAUUAGCUACUAUGGAGGAGCAUAUUCAAGUCGCAGAGAUUUGGUUUCAGCAGGUUAUCAAGACCCCUGUCCGCAGUACCGUGCCGCCCCUUUAUCGAACUCUGGAACGUAUUCAGAGCUGGUUGUUCCACGAAGUCCCAGUGCCUGCGAUAAACAUGGAACUGCCCCAUGCCAUUGCCGAGAGGCAACCCUGGUGGGAGCGCAUGGUGUCCAAGGUUCAAAAAAAAGAGAACGAAGUCCUCUGCCUGACAUGA